AUGCAAAAUCGUACACUUGGAGUACUCGUUUUCCCAACUAAUCGAUCGGAUAUCAUUCUCGGCAAUCCAUUUUUGUUACAUUAUGGUUCUUAUAACAAAAAUAAUUCAAAUGUUAAUAGAAAAACAUAUUAUUCUGAAGAGCAAAAUCGAGAUUGCAGUAAUUCAUCCAAUCCUAUUGGAGAUAAUUUAUCUUUCUGUCAUCAUUUUUCCAAUGAAAUUUCAACCAAUUUAACCGGAAAAAUGAGUGAAUCCAUGGAAUCCACUCAUCAAUGUUCGAAAUCCGGCAUAUAUCAACAAAGAACAAGGAAUGAUGAGAAAGAACAGCAAAACAUGAUUAAGGAGCAACAAAAACCUUUAAUAAUUCAAAUUGAAAAUCGAUCAGGAAAAUCGAACGGAAGCAAGAUGACAAAUACAGAAAAUGAAUCUGUUGGACGAAAAUUAUCGAAUCUUUCGAAAGAAUCAAAAUUUUCAAAAUUUCCCGAAAUAAACAUUACUUCAACAUCUCAUAAUUCUUCGUCAGAAAUUCACAAAAAUCCAUCUGCCUCAAAUAUUCAACAAUCUAAUUUCACAUACAAUUCUAAAUCAUUGUCAUCGAAUAGUACAAUGCAAGCAAAACAAAAAUUUAUCGAACCAAUCAUUCAACGACGAUCUUUAGCAGAUGUGGAACAAUACGAAAAUAACAUUUAUCAGCGACAUAGUUCAGAUGGAUUAGUGAAGGAAAUUUUGGAUGAUUUGGAUAAUGCAUUGGAUAUUGAUGAAUAUAUGUCAUUCAAUGAAAUACAACAAAAUUCACAGAAAUCUAUAGCAAUAUCAGACGAUCUUUUGGAUGACUCAAAAUACUCUCCCAUUUAUGAAUAUGAUGAUAAUACACGAAGUGCAUACAAAAGCAAAGACGAUAAAGGAGAAUAUGAAAUUAAAUCGAAUAAAAUUAAAACAACUAUUUUGAUCAGCGAUCAUCUCAACGAUCAAUUAAUUCAAGAGUUGAAACAAUUACCGCAAGGUAUAAUGUCGCUGAAGGAUUAUAAGCAGAAACAAAAAAAUUUAAUAAUUGAACGGGAAAAAUUGUUGGAAAUUGACAUUGAAGAGAUGAGAAAAGCUUGUACAUUGGAUAAAUAUAUAAGCCAAGUGCCAGAAUUUAUCAGUGGUACAACGAAAUUAUUGCCAACAUGGAAGAGACAAAUAUUAGCUCGAAAAAUUGCUAUUAAAGAUAUGCAAAGAAAAGAAGAAGAACUUCGAAGAAAAUUUCAAGAAUGGAAAAUUCGACUCUAUCCAAUACGACGUGAACUAAAAUCUUAA